UCUUCACCUAAGAAGAUAGAAGGGAGGUUACUCGCACUAACUAAUGAAUUUUUCUCUGUGCGAAGUGCCCAAUUUCUUCUUACAACUAUAAUUUAUGAUAAAAUGGGGUUUCCUGGUCUCUGGAAAGUCUUGUACUACAUUUUGCGUGUAGCACACAUGACUGUCAACAACUUCAUGGCACUCCCAGCUUACGUUGUCUGGUAUCUUUUGUUGACACCAUUGCGCCAUUUCUACCCACCCCUCUACUGGAAGAUAGAGAGAAUUCUUUUCAAGGCUCUCCUCAGCUUCGUGGUUAUGUGGGCUAACUCAGGUGGAUAUAAAAUUAUAGAAUCUGGAGACGAUCUGAGUAGUCUACAUGAGAAGCAUGUCCUUCUGCUGGUGAAUCAUCAGUCAACAGCAGAUAUACCAUGUGUGAUGUCAGCUUUAUUGCCAAAAUCUCUUGUGAUUGGACAGAUUAUGUGGAUAAUGGAUUAUAUUUUCAAAUUUACUAACUUUGGUUGGGCCUCCAACCUUCAUGGAGAUUUUUUCAUACAGCAGGGUAAAGAGUAUAGGGAUCAGCAAUUAGUUAGACUCAGGGAGCAUUUAUUAAACAACUACCUCAGUCAGGACAAGAGAUGGCUUGUAUUAUUUCCAGAGGGAGGUUUCCUUUACAAGCGUAGAGAGAGGGGACAAAAAUUUGCAAAGCAGAAAAACUUGCCAGUUUUGACACACUGUACUUUGCCAAGGCUUGGUGCUUUCAGCACUAUUGUAGAUACUGUGGGAUAUAUGCACCUGAAAAAUGGAACAAAAGAAAUCAGAGAAACCAGUGAUCAUAAUGGUAUAGAAUGGGUUGUUGAUAUGACACUGGCCUACCCAAAUGCGGAGCCCAUUGACAUGCCAGGUAUUUGUAUAGGCUGGUGGGAACCCCGGAACAUGCAUGUGCAUUAUCGCGCAUACCCAUUGUCGGAAAUUCCAUCAGACACUGAAGGGAGAACAAAGUGGCUUUAUGAUAGAUAUGUGGAAAAGGAAACAAUUUUGGAACAUUUUUAUGAGCACGGAAGUGGUCUAGAUGUGAUGGAUAAACAGGAAAGAAGUUUACCUCGGGUAAUUCCUCAUGAAGUGCCUUUCGAUAAAGUCUGGUUUAUGAUAUCUUACGCAUUUUAUGCGGUUUCAGCCUAUAUAUUUUGGUCAAACAUCUAUGUCCCAGUGUGGAAUUUAUUUUGGUAUUUCAUCAGUUUUAUUUUGUAACUUUCCAAGAUUUUUUUUAAUACAUCAGAUCACUUUAUUCUGUAAAAUUUGUGUUGCAACACAGUUUCUGUCAAGUCUGUUGUAAAUUUAUUGUUAUGUUUGAAAAGAAAUGUCUUGCAAAAAAAUUAUCAUGUAAUGAGAAUGCAUUUUUUUUUAAUGUUUUUACAUACCUUUUGUGACAGACGUUUUUCUUCAUAUUUUCUUUAAAGGAUUAAAAAAUAUUAGAAAGCAAUGCAUCAACAGAAAUUGGAAGAGCAUGUAUAUGAUUCCCUUUUGUGUAGUAGUAAUGCUUAAAUCUCAGGGGUUGAUGUUAGGGAAAUGGGUCCUUGCAUGUUUUGAAGACAUUGUAAGUCUCUUGGUUUAAAAUAGUUAUUCAUAAUGAAGUUAGGAAAAUGGUUUUUGACUUGAUUUUUUUAAACAUUUUCAUCUACUGUUAAUUAUUCAGAAAUAUGAAUUGUUAGUCAUUUUUAUUACUUCUUUUUAAUAUGUUUAUUUGAUAGGAAUUUAUUUCUACAUGUGAAUAUGUUUAACAGGUUGAGACCUUAGCAUAGGUAUGUGCUGAAAAAGGCCUCCACACAGUAAUAAACAUCUUUCAAAUAUUGUCUAAUAUGAUAAUGGAGUGUUUACUGGAUGUCCAUAUAUACACAAUAGCAAGCUUCAUAAAUGGAUUUUACAAGUUCGUUUUAACAAGCGUGAUGGAAAUGCCAUGUCUAGAACUGUGACACAUGAGACGCUUGUUAGAAUACUUCGAAAUCAUUUAUAUUUGUUUGCAUAAAAUUUUUGUGGUUUUGGUCAAGACAGUUAUCUCCUGGGGACAUGAAUUUAUGAAUUUCAAAUUUUGAAGUUUAAAUAGAUAGGAAUUAAUUGUGUUACUUCUAAGGAAGUGGAUGAAAUUUCAAGGAUUUCACAAAAUCUACAAAGAAUACAGUUAAGUCUCCCUUAACGGUAUAUAAUUUCAAGGUAAAUCUUACAGUCAUGAACCAAUUAACAUCUAAGGAAUCUCAACCUUUAUACCAUUUAGUGUAAAUGUUAUACACUUAGGGACCAAGUUUGCUUUUAGCCUGACUGCUAGAAGAACAGAUAGAGUUAUUGUACUCACUCCGAAGUCGUCAUUGGCAUCUGAGUCACCAUUGGUGUUCCUACUCAGUUAAGUUUUUUUAUGUAAGUUGGUGUCUCAGUAACCACUUUUGAUUGUGUUGAAACUUCACACUCUUUUUUUUCCCUGUGAUGAUUAGACAUGAACUUAGUAGGUUCCAUAACCCUAUCUUGUAUUUUACAAGGUUAUACUCCCAUUUUGACCUGUUAGUUUGGUUUUUUUGUUAAAAUUUUAUAUGUAAGCUGGUAUCUCAGUAGCCACAUGUAGCAUUGGCUGUUGUCGCCUAUGAUGAUCUGCCAUGCAGUUUGAAGACUCCUUAACCCUAUUCUGCAUUUUACAAGGUUAUGCCCCCUUUUCAUAUUGGCUUUUUGUAUGUAAGCUGGUAUAUCAGUAACCACUUGUGGGCUGGAUUGAAACUUCACAUUAUUGUUUCCCAUGAUGAUCUGACAUGCAGUUUGCAGGUUCCAUAACUCUUCUGCAUUUUUGAAAAGCAAAAGUUUGUUUCCCAUGUAUCUCAAAAUGUAGACCUAGAGUUAUAAACAUAAGAGGAUUGUUUUAUAGCAUGUGAAGUUGUGCACCUGAUGUUCUCUUUGGGAUUUCACACAGGUAGGCGAGAGUAAUGGUCCUUGACCUUAAUAAUGGAAAGCUUAAAGGUUUGUGUUGCAUAUAUCUUAAAAAAAUAUUUCACCUAGAUUCAUGAAACCAUGUACAGUGAAAGGAAUGGGACACCUGUGUCUUAUGGACACACAUCCAGUUAUAAGCUAAUACCCCCUUUUGGACUAAGCAGUUUUUAGAAAAGUUUUUUUUUGGAUUUAAGCUGGUAUAUCAGUAACCACUAGCAGGAAUGGAUUGAAACUUAGCACACUUUUCCUCUGUGAUAAUCUGACAUGCAGUAUACAGUUUCCUCAACUCUAGUUUGCUUUUUCACAAGAUUAUCUCCUUUUUUCCAACAGCAGUUUUUUGUUUAGUUUUCAUACGUAAGCUUGUAUCUCAGUAACCACUUGUGGGCAUUGUUUGAAACUUCACACACUCAUUCACCAUGUAGGUAUGACAAGUAUUGUAAAGGUUCCAUAACUCUGUUUUUUUUUGACAAAGUUAUGCCCCUUUUUGGCUUACAGAUAUUUUUGAGGUCUUAUCACAUUUAUCAGUAUAAUUGGGGGAAGUUGUAUGUUUCAGAAUUACUGCCUGUUUUGUACUUGUUUAUGUCUUUGUUUUCAUUAUUUUAUCAUUUUAAGUGACAAAAAACUUGAAUAGUUGAGCAUAGCUGUCCAAGGACAGCUCUUGUUAUUGGUUGUUUUUUCUUCCAGUGACAUUCGGCUUUAAAAACACAGCUUUAUGACUAUAUAUCUUUAUAUUUUCUCAUCUGAAUCCAAUGAUGCUUUAUCUACCGUAGUGCCCAGAACUGGCUUAGACCAAUAAUGUUUGAUCAAGUGCACAGAACUUGCACAGUCCGAAAAUGCCUUUUCUAGUGCCCAGAACUGGCACACUCCAAGAUGCUUUAUCUAGUGUACAGAACUGGCACAGUCCAAAGAUGCCUUUUCUAGUGCCUAGAACUAGCACAAUCCAAAGAUUUGUUUUCUUGUGCCCAGAAUGAUGCUUUAUCUAGUGUACAGAACUGGCACAGUCCAGAGAUGUGUUAUCUUGUGCACUGAACUGACAUAUACAAUUGAAUUUUGAUCUAAUGUACAGAACUGGCACAGUCCAGUGAUGCUUUAUUUAUUUCACAGAACUAGCACAGUUCAUCGAUGCUUUAUCUAGUGCACGGAACUUGUACAGAUCACAGAAUCUAGUGCACUGAAGAGAUACAGUUCAGUGAUAAUCAUGUCACAAUUUACUGCUGUGUUGUUUGAAUUUUGUCUAUUGUUUAAUGUACCUGCAUUUAAGUGUUGUAAAUAUUUUGUUAUUUUUUUAACGAAGAUUUUGAAUGUUGAAGGAAUAGCUUUUGAUUUACGAAACAUCUUUUUUCCUGCAUGUCAAUUUGUUUGUUGUGAAGCUACUUCCCAUUCAAGCAUAGUUAAAGCUACUCGCUCACAGUGUGGUUGAAAUUUUUCAACAUGUACAUUUUCACAAAGUUCGGCAUAAAAUGUUUAACAAUAUGAUACUGAAAAAUGAUAAUGCAGGCGAAAAUAAAAGUUAGAUUUUGGUAAAAAUGCGAGGAGAAAGUUAAUUUCCGGCAUUAUGUAAAAAGCAUUGCAACAGUUAGCUACUCUCUGCAAAAUAUUUUGGUUAUUUAUAAGAAUAUCUUUCAAAAAUCUUAUGUCAGUAAGUUUGUACCACAGGUCACUGCAGUUUAUGGUCAAAGUCUGGUUUAGGUGGUCUGUUUAUUCGGGAUAUCUUAAAAGAGGCAUGAUAAGCCUUAAUGACCUGAAGGUCUUGUGUGUAUAAAUAUGGUGCAUACAUAUCAGUACUUGUUUUCCAUUGAUAAACAGUUACUGUUUUGUGUAAAAUGUGCUACAAACUUUAGACUGAAAAGAAAAAUGAAACUUGAUAAAUGUCUCAUUGAGAGUUCCUUAAUUUAAGUUGUCCUGGUCCCGUGUUCACAAAACAUUUUCAGUCUCAGCUGAGUUUGAUAAUGAAACUUAAUUUCUCAUUUAUAUCAAAAUAGCAUGUUUAACACAAACUUUAAGUUAAUAAGCAUUUUAAAGUGAGUAUUCCGUAUUGAUGGUCAGUCUAAUUUGGAAUUUAAGCUUGAAGUUUCAGUAAAACUGAUAUUAAAAUUUCAAACUCAAACUCAGCUGAGAUCGAAAAAUGUUUUGUGAACACGGGGCCUGGUUCAGUGUUUACCUAAAUCUUAUAAUGUACAUUUUUUCUCUCAAAUAUGUGUUGUUAAUGCAAAUGUCUAAACCUUUGAUUUGUCAUUUGGCAUACCUUCAUAUCAGUAGAACAUUCGCGAGUCUUACUAUACUGUGUUGGUGCCCCGUAAAACCCAAAUAAAUAAAUAAAUAAAAUUACAUUUAGUAAGGAAGAACUAUAUGUUUUGAACUUUUGAUACUGUAUCGUAAAACCACUGUUGUUGCCAUAGAUAUUUAAUGGGGACAUGGAUUGAUGGUGGAAUUUGAUAUUGCUGACUGUGCGACACUACUAAUCAUUUUCCAUUUUCAUUUUCUCCACGCAACAAGCAAUAAAUUAAUUAGGGCAGUUUUCCAUUGAUAAUCUUGUUUUUCAACCUUAAUGUGAUGCCAUUUUAUUUUAAUCUAAUCUGUCUGUAUGUUUAGUAUCUUUUGGUUGUAGAAAGACCGAGGUUACCCUGAAAAAAAGGUCAUAACUUAUGUGAAAGGUCCACACAGAAGGUCACUAAUUAAGAAAUAAUAAAUCUGUUCCUGUAUUUUAUCAGUUAAUAAAAUAUGGGCAGGAGUUUGGAUGCGUAAUAAUUAAAUCAAGAGUGCGUAGCACGAGUGAUUUAAUUAUUUGCAUCCAAACGACUGUCCAUGUUUUAUUAAUUGAUAAAAUUAUUGGAACAUAUUUAUUAUUUCGAUUGUAACAAAGCAAAUAAUUCGCAUUUUACAGUACUACAUUUUCAGCAUAAUACGUCAUUCGGAUCAAAUGCUGUUACAAUUUACCCCCUAUGGUUAGAGAGUGUUGCAUAGCCAAUGGAACGUAUAGAUAUUUGUUUCUUUUUUAUCAGAAUUUUGAGAAGUACAUGUGUAUUCAUAAAUCAGUAAUCUGACAUCUCGCAAACUAAUUAUGAACAUAAUCAAAUUAGGCGAGUUAACCCUGUGUUGCGAGUGACGAGCUUAACUUUUAUAUGACGUCACAUCAUUAUGACGUCAUACUUUUAUGUCAUACAUUUAUGACGUCACCGCUGAAUCAUAAUUGAGCUAAUUGAAUUAGCUCGUAGAGAUAAGAACGUGUUUUACGGACCUACAUAUAAGUCAUUAUGACUUUUUAUUAUAUUUAUGUUUUUGAAAUGCUGUUUUCAACCGUUUGUCCCUGAAAUAAUUCGUAUGUAAUGGAACUGAAGUAGAAUCUCUUAUGUUACAAUCAUAGGGGGGUGAAAUGUAACAGCCAACAAUAUUUUAUCGUAGAUUCAUGUAUAGGUGAUUUCGCUAUAUGUUUAUAUAGCAAUUGCUGCGGAUUGUGUUAGAAUUAAGAAAUAAUGUGUAGAAAAACCAUGUUUUAACAUUAUUAAUGCACAGAAAGAGGUAUUUAGGUAAAACACAAUUUUGCUAUACAUUAAUUCUAUUCUAAUAUGCCCUCAAUCUAAAACAGUAAAUAAAAUAAAAAAGCACUCUUUGACAUUGACGUCAUCUCACGUUAAGUGAUGUCAUUUUAGCGUGUGUUUUAACAGAAGCAAGCAUAUUUGAAUGAAACUUAAUGGAAGACAUUCACUUUAUGAUGAUAUAAUUAUGCCUGGUUUUGUUGACUUUUGUAUAUUGGUGCUGUUUUAUUAUUAAGUUGUGUUCUGGAUAAGAAUUUAUGUGCAAUAAUUUUUUAACAGUAUUUUAAUUUGUAGCCAUCUUUAUCAGAGCAAAUAUCAAAGAUUUUUUGUAAAAAAAUAGACUAAAAUUAAUGUUUAUCUGAAGGAGUAGUAUGUUUUUUAUAUGUAAUAUUCCUGUGUUAACAACAGCAACUUAGACAUGUGUUACAUAAAUUUGGUUUGUUAUAUAAAGUUGCUUUUAUGUGUUGUGUUAAGGUAGUUCUGUAUGUUGUGAUCAUUUUUUCUCAACAUUAUCCAGAAAAAUGA